AUAGUGUAGUCUAGUUGGCCAAGACUUAGCAAUAAUUCACGAAACAUUAAAAUUUCAUUUUACUUACCUAUUAUUUAAAAUAAGUAGUAUUUUACACAAACUUUUCAGAAAUAUUAUCGUACAGAUGGUUUCGACUACACCAAUGACUCCUACUGCGAAUGAUAUGGAAGUACUUAGGAAGAAAGAGGAUGAGCACCUCAGGUUACAGAGACAAUUUCGCAUAAUACAAGCAGAUAGAGCGAAUAGGACGCUGGGAGUGCACCCGACGCUGCGACGAAACGACCGUCUCCUGCGAAGGCUGAAGAAAGAAUACAUACAUCUGCUUACCGACUUGAAGAUAGCCAAAUCCGGAGCUAACAGAAAGAACGAUAAUAAAAUGAAGAAAAACUUGCUCAACUCACUACUUCUCAGAGAAAAGACCGUCAGUGAUAGUCGAGGGGGAGUAAACUUAAUAGACGAAUUAGAGGGUCUUCUGCUGACUAAUAACAAUAACAUGCUGCAACUACGCAAAGCUGUCACUGUGUCCACCGGAGAGUUGGAAGACCGUCGCAGACUGAGCGAGAAGCGGCUGGCGGCCACCGAGAACGUUCUCGAAUCUGCCACGAGAAGGUACAACAGCAUACAGCUGCAGAACCAGAAGAUCAGGGACCAGAUCGAGCACAUGCUGAAAGACAGAGCCCUCUUCACCGCAUCCUGGUCGAAGAUGCUCUCAGCCCUGGGCCAGGGCAAGAAGUUCCUCACCGACCUGCUGGAGUCGUCCAGCGUAGCGUACGAUCAGCGCGACGAGUGGGUUACCAAGCUGCGGUCUGUACAGGAGAAGGGGAGGAUGGACCAGGGGAUACAUAUUCAGGAAAUGCGAGACCUACAGAAGCUUUUAGACGGUGAGACAAAGAUAUACCAUUUCUUAGCCAAGAAAGGAGUUAUGAGAGUCAACAAGAAAGUGGAGCAGAGAGAAAUAUUACAGAAGGAGAAAGAAGAAGAAGCCGUUAAGAAGGAAAUUGAUCACCUGGAGAAGAUUCUUGAAGAUGUUUACAGCUACACUGGAGAGUAUGAUGUAGAGACCAUAGUGCAAUCAUUCAAGAAACAGGAGCAGAAAAACUUUUCGGUCUACAAACUGCUUACAGACGUCUGCGCCGAGUGUGUGGUUCUGGCGCGAAACCUGAAGGCUUUGAAAACAGAUGUUGGAGACAGGCGCGACCAAAACAAAAUGAUGGAGGCAAAAAGAAAAUCCAAAAUUGCGGAGUUGAAGAAUGAAUUAGAGAAACAAAUGCAAGUCACUCAGGAUUUGAGAGCCAAGAACGAAAUGCAGGGCACAGUCAUUGCAGACACUGUUGAGAAAAUUUACACCAUUUUCAACCAGCUGAAAUGCCCGCCCGCCCCGCAGCAGCCGCUCGGGGCCCUCCCGCGCUGGCGCUGGGCGCACGCGGUGGAACUCAUCACCGCCAGGAUCCAGGAGAUGGUGGAAGAUGUGCACUUUUAUGAGCGCUCGACAUCCGCAAAGGAGCGCCAGCACAGGCUGCCCGCGGAGCCCCUACUCCAGCUCAGGGAGCCCCUACUCCAGCUGAGGAAGUGCGCCGUGCACGUGCACCCGCCGCGGCCGUGGACCGCGAUGCCGCUGCGGCUGUAUGCGCCCGCUGACCCCUGCCCUGUCUGCAUCGAAGAGCGCUGGAUCUCGCGCGUGACUGAAGCGCUAGAGACGCCGUUCAACAGGCAGCAAGCGCUGGCAGCGCUGCACUCACUGCAGCAGGAGGCCGCGUACUUGAGGACAGACCGGGUGCACGCACUGGCUGACUGCAAACAGCCAAGGUCCCGGGCCGUGCUUGGGAGACGAUAUGUGUAAAAUGGCGGCAAGAUCCUAACCUAACUUUUGUGUGCGCCUUUCUCAUUUAUUCCAUAAAUUCUUUAAUUUUGCCGCCCGGAAGAGAUCGCUUUUAGCGAUAAGGCCGCCUAUUGAGCUGACUGUUGCUUUAUAAUGUGAUAUUUUGUGUGUGUGUUUUUUUUUCAAUAAAGCAAUCAAUUGUAUUGUA